AUGGGUUCGUGUAUGAGCACAGAUAAGUCGGAGGAUGCGGAAUCGAAGCGGAAGAGCAAUGCAAUCGACCGCAGGAUAGACGAGGACUCUAGGAAGCUACGGCGAGAAUGCAAGAUCCUACUGCUUGGUUCGGGGGAAAGCGGAAAAUCCACCAUUGUCAAGCAAAUGAAAAUCAUCCACCAGAAUGGCUACACCGUCGAAGAACUCGCCCUAUAUCGUUUAACGGUCUACAAGAACGUUCUCGAUUGCGCCAGGGCCCUCAUAUUGGGCUACAAUCAGUUCCAGCUCGAGCCUACAAGCCAAAAAGUCCGCGAUUACAUCCAGUACCUCCUCGACUAUAACAUUGACCCCGACCCCAACACACCGAUAGAUACCAAGGUCGGCGAUGCGUUAACAUAUCUCUGGAAUGACCCGUGUACUUCCACUGUGUUGGAGCAUCAACACGAAUUCUACUUGAUGGAUUCGGCGCCAUAUUUCUUCGAAGAAGCCAAACGAAUAACGGCCCCCGACUACAUACCAAUCGUGAACGAUGUGCUUCGUGCGCGGACGAAAACAACAGGUAUCUAUGAAACACGAUUCUCCAUGGGCCAGCUCAGCAUACACAUGUUCGAUGUUGGUGGCCAGCGCAGCGAGCGCAAGAAGUGGAUCCACUGUUUCGAAAAUGUGACAUCAAUUAUUUUCUGUGUUGCACUGAGCGAGUAUGACCAAGUACUGCUAGAAGAGAGCAACCAGAACCGAAUGAUGGAAAGUUUGGUACUGUUUGAUUCCGUGGUGAACUCCCGGUGGUUUAUGCGAACGAGCAUUAUCCUUUUCCUGAAUAAAGUCGAUCUCUUCCGGCAAAAGCUCCCUCGAUCGCCAUUGAACCGUUAUUUCCCAGAUUACUCCGGUGGGAAUGACGUGAAUCGUGCGGCCAAGUAUCUCCUCUGGAGGUUCAACCAGGUUAACAGAGCGCAUUUGAACCUCUACCCUCAUCUCACUCAGGCCACCGAUACCACCAAUAUCCGUUUAGUCUUCGCUGCUGUGAAGGAAACUAUUCUGCAGAACGCUUUGAAGGAUUCGGGUAUCCUAUAA